AUGGCAUCACAGACACCACUCCAGUCACUCGCGCAAAACAUCCAUCUUUAUGAGCCCCCAUCAAUCACAGACGCUACCCCCAACGAUCCAUCCCUCGUCAUCCUAUGCACAUGGCUCGGCGGCGCAACACCCCGCCGCAUCCACAAGUACAUCGAGGGGUACCGACAGCAAUUCCCUAACUCCUGCAUCCUCCUCAUAACCAGCAUCGUCCUCGACAUCACCAUCCGUACCAUUCACGCCAUCCGCGCCCGUCUCCAGCCCGCGCGCGACGCAAUCGCCCGCAUCCUCACCACCCACAAUGACCGAGCCAAUGUGACACCCCCCAGCGGCGACAGCAGCAGCAGCAGCAGCAGCAUCCUGCUCCAUGUAUUCUCCCACGGCGGCGGCAACACAGCAGUGCAGCUCGCUCUCUCAUGGCAAGAAGAGCACAACUACCCCCUCCCGCUGCGCGGGGUCAUCCUCGACUGCUCCCCCGGCGACACCACCUUCCGCCGCUCAUACAACGCCGCCGUGCUCUCGCUUCCCACCGAGACAACGCCUCACGUCCACACCAUCGGCCGCGCCCUGCUGUAUCCCACGAUCGCGACCGUGACGGUCCUCCAGCACCUGCACCUCAUGGCUUCUGUGCGUGACCUGCGGCGUCAGCUGAAUGAUCCUGCUGUGUUUGGGGCGGGUGUUCCUCGGCUGUAUUUGUUUUCAGAGGCCGAUGAGAUGGUCGGGGCGCAUAAUGUGAGAUCGCAUGCGGUGGAUGCGAGGCGCGCCGGGUUUGCGGUCGAUGAAGUUGUGUUUCGGGAGGCGGAGCAUUGUGCGUUGGUUUUGGAGGAUGCGGGACGGUAUUGGGGUGCUGUGAAGCGGUUUUGGGGGGAGGGUGUGCAGGAGAUUCAAAUGAGGGCGGUCGAGGAGAGAGUGUCCAUCUUCCCGAGCUCCAACAAGUUCAUCCACUUCACACCACACGCGCAUAUCAUCCCACCCCUAGAGCGAAGCCACAUCAGCACCGUCGACCUCAUUACCCUCGACCCGCUCGAGAUCGCCAAACGCGCCCACGUCCCCCCAGCCGACGUCCGUCGCUUGACCACCCAGCUUGUGCGCGCUCUACACCACGAUAUCGGCUUCGAGGACGAACCAUCUCCCGACGAGCCGCCUAGCUCGAGCCUCAAUGCCGACGCGCCACUCGUCCUGGGCCCGGCAACUACGCUAGAUCUGUCACGAUGGAGUGCGAUAAGCACGCUCGACCCCGCCCUUGAUGCGCUGCUGGGGGGCGGGGUGCCCACGGGGUAUCUUACGGAGCUCACGGGUGAGAGCGGAAGUGGAAAGACCCAGUUCCUCCUCAGUCUCCUUCUAUCCGUCCAGCUCCCAUCACCCCGCGGCCUAGCCAAAAACGCCAUCUAUAUCUCGACCGAAGCGCCUCUAUCGACCUCCCGUCUGUCGCAAAUGCUCGACUCACACCCGGAAUUCUCGGCAGUUGUGCCGAAGCCGUCCCUGCAGAAUAUCCUCUCCAUCAACGCCAUGGACCUCGAGACACAGGAUCACAUACUCAACUACCAGCUUCCAGUGGUAGUCGCGCGCCACAACGUCGGUCUGGUCAUUAUCGACUCCAUCACAUCGAACUACCGCGCCGAGCAUUCGUCCUCGAGUCUGUCCGGGCUGUCGGCACGCUCAGGGGAACUCGCCAAACGGGGCCAAAUGCUGCGGAACCUGGCGGCCGCGGAGUCCAUCGCCGUAGUCGUCGCAAACCAGGUAUCAGACCGCUUCGAAGACACGGAGAGACCCCCCGUCCGCAUCGGAGGGGCAGCCACAGCAGGGAACGGGACGCCCGUCUCUUCCUCACCGUCGCAGCGGGACCCCGGCUUAGCAACAGCAUCCCCCCUCCUGCGGACCCGGAUGCAGCACUCACCCGGGAAUCUAGACCCAUCGUCCCAGCACACCGCACUACCAUCUUCACCCGCUUCGUCCUCGCCGUACGCAGGGGAUGAAGACGGUCCUCCACACCAGCAGCCGCCCUUCGACGGAUCCUACCUGGUUGGGAGUCCAGUGCGCAACGACAUGCUCAGCCUGUUGCACCAGCAGCGAUUUUUCACCGGCUGGGGCGACACGCGGCAGUCGGCUUUCCCCACCUGGAGUCCUUACCAGAGACAGCCGGCUCUGAAGACGCCCGCGCUGGGUCUGGUGUGGGCGACGCAGAUUGCAUGCCGAAUUGCAUUGAAGAAGGAAGAGCGUGUUGCCACGUUGGACGAGUUGGUUUUUGCAGACAGUGCUCAGCAGGUUGCGGCUGACGGGGGAGAUACCUCCAACCAAGCUGAGGGGAAACCGUCACCGGAACCAGAACAGUCACAGCCGCAGUUACAGUCCACAAACACAGUAGAAAGGGACAAUGACGAUGGAGAUGAAACAGAACCACCACACCAAGCACCACCAAAUAAGACGACAAGUCCAGAAUCCACCGAAGAAACGCCCGCUGAACCUCCCCCAUCUACUACACCCGCCGCAAAGGACCGUCUUCCCCCCUCCCACACCCUCGAGCGACCCGAAAGGCCAACCCGACGGAUAAUGAAGCUUGUCUUCGCCCCGUGGACGGGGGGAGGAGUCUACGGGAAGGAUGAUCCUGGUAUAUGUGACGAGGUUGAGUUUACGAUAUGGGAGGGCGGUCUUAGAGCUGUUGGAUGA